GAAUCAGGGUCUAAAAAGGGAGCCGGGAGGGCUAGGGUGGCAGGUGUUUCUAAAAGGAACAUGAACAUAGGAUGAACAGCCUCUGAUACAACCCCCGCAUCCCCCACCCCCACUGCCCCACUGAUCUGGCAGGCAGUGCCCAUUGCAUUUUAUGCCAGGGGCUCACGUCCAAGGAGUGAGCUUGUAUGUAGCUAUAGAAUGAUGGCCAGGGGAGAAACCUUAGAACUGACUUGGUCCAACCUCUUAAUUAUCAAGUGAGGAGACGGAAGCUCAGAGAAGAGAGGUCCAAGGUCACACAGCAAAGGAAAAAAAAAAAAAAAAAGUCUUAGGAACUUUCCAACCUUCCAUGUGGAUUUCCAUUCCUGGAAACCCCCACGCCCACCCCCACCCCCUGCUCAUCUAAACUGAGCAGAGGGGAUCUGAGGAGAAGAAACAGACUCAGUAACCCUAAGGCUGCAGAUCCUUCAACCUGGGACCCCUUUUCCAAAGAGGAGGAGUUACAGAUGUUUCUGGGAAUAAGGAUUCCUAGCCAUCCCCAUUCCUGCUGGUGAGGGGCUGAAGCUGCUGCAGGCCAGACUCCCAGACUUUCUUCGGUGGCAGCACUUCCUCCCCUGCUUGGCACCUCACAUCAUCUCUCUCCAGAUGAUGCUGGGGCUGGGGCUGGCUGAGCUCCAUUUUCCUUCAUCCCACCGAGUUUGUGAUGCAUUUUGCCUCUAGCUGACCUGAUAGUUCCUUACUCUAUAGGUUCUUGUUAGGUAGAGAAACUUCUAGGGCUUGUCUGAUUUUGUAGGGAGUCCGUGGUUACCCUUAAACCCUUUCUCAAACCUGCCAGGAGUCUGGGGUAAAUGAUAAAGAUGUGUUCCCAUUUUACAGACGGGAAAGUGAAAAUUCAUAGAGGGGCCUCCUACUUGUUUGGUCUUUCAGUUAGUCAUCCAAGAUCAGUAGAAGAGGUUCUUUGAGAGAGGGGGUGAAAGGAGCAAAUGACAACAGGAGCUUUUUUCUAGGGGGGCUUCCACAGACCCCUUCCAGCCUUUUACUCUCCCCAUGGUCAGCAAACCUUUCCAGAGUCUGAUUUCAUUCCCACUUGGUGACAUCAAAGCUGGGUCUCUCAGUGGGGGUGGGAAGAACAGCUGCGUACCCUCCACUCCUCAAGCGUUUUGUCUUGAUUCCCUGCCCUCCCCCCAGUCUGAAGGCUGCUGGCUCAGCGGGCCUCCCGUCGUCUGGGGAGUCUGGGUUUGAGCUGGGGUGAGGUGGUGGCACCAUCGUUAUGGUAACGAGCUGCCAGCUCAUCGUUGCUAAUAACUUGUCAAGUCCCUGGGCUCAAAUGCAGCAUGCCUUCCCACCAGCCCUUCUCCCCAUGUCACAGAAAGAAAAAGUGAGGCUGUGAAGGAGGGGCCUGUGAAUAAGGAAGUCUGAGGAGGUGGGUGGCCUUGUCCUUGGGCUUGUAGCUGGAGAGCUGGGGGGGAGGUCACUUGGGGCCUGAUUUACACGUAUGAUUAUAUAAAUUUGCAUCUGAUUGCCUGGGCUGGUGCAUGUGAAUACACUCAGAACAUACUUGUAUAAACCUGUACAUGCUAGCUGACAUGUUCAUGCGCUUCUACACAGCAGCCCACAUGCAAACAUGCCUCUAGACAUCAGAACAUGCUUGGGCAUGAAUACUGCCUUUACCAUCUGCACAUAAGGCACCCAAGAAAUCUGGGUUUGUGGGGGUGUCCAGGUAUGUGGGUGGGGAUCUGAUCUUUUUCUGAUGCAGCUUCAAAGUGUCUUGUUAACAAAGGGACAGAAUGGUCCCAGGGUUCCUUCUUCCUUCCAGUCAAGAGCUCAGAAUGGGAAUGGGCUCGGGAUGGUGUGGGGGCCCCAAGCUCCCAGCUCCCCAAGGCCCCUGCCUCUGUGCCCUUUGAGCUUAGUCCAGAUGGGAGCUGGCUCCUGCAGAAAGGGGGCUCAGAACAGGGUGUGGGGAGCUACCUCUCCUUGCCUCCCCCCACCACAUCUGCCUGCAGGGCUGGGAGCCCCCACGAGCCAGUGGUCCUGAGCCUUCUGAAGUUAGGAUUCUGCCUGGUGGUGAGGAUCCUGACACCAAGGAUGGGACACCCCAGAUGGAGGUUCCUGGGGCCUGGCCCCCAACACUAUGAAGAGCCCUUGCUGAGGCCAUGAGGGGUUAUCAUGGCGACCGAGGCAGCCAUCCCCGCCCAGCCCGCUUUGCUGACCAGCAGCAUAUGGACGUGGGCCCCUCUGCCAGGGCCCCGUACCUGCUGGGCUCCGGGGAGGCCUUCUCCACCGAGCCCCGCUUCUGUGCCCCGAGAGCUGGCCUGGGACACCUUUCGCCUGAAGGGCCCCUGAGCCUGAGUGAGGGGCCAUCCAUCGGCCCCGAGGGAGGGCCAGGAGGGGCCGGGGUUGGGGGAGGUAGCAGCACCUUCCCCAGGAUGUACCCUGGCCAGGGCCCCUUCGACACCUGUGAAGACUGUGUGGGCCACCCACCGGGCAAGGGUGCCCCCCGCCUGCCUCCCACACUUCUGGACCAGUUUGAAAAGCAGUUGCCAGUUCAACAAGAUGGCUUCCACACGCUGCCAUACCAGCGCGGUCCAGCAGGGGCAGGGCCGGGCCCGGGGCCGGGGCCGGGGCCGGGGCCGGGGCCGGGGCCAGGGCCGGGGUCUGGCACUGCCCCGGAGCCCCGCAGCGAGAGCCCCAGCCGCAUCCGGCACCUGGUUCACUCUGUGCAGAAGCUGUUUGCCAAGUCCCACUCUCUGGAGGCCCCAGGGAAGCGGGACUAUAACGGGCCCAAGGCUGAGGGAAGAGGUGGCUCCGGGGGAGACAGUUACCCUGGCCCGGGCUCCGGAGGCUCCCACACCUCCCACCACCACCAUCACCACCACCACCACCACCACCACCAGUCCCGACAUGGCAAGAGGAGCAAGAGCAAGGACCGCAAGGGGGAUGGACGGCACCAGGCCAAGGCCGCGGGCUGGUGGAGCUCCGACGACAACUUGGACAGUGAUAGUGGCUUCCUGGCGGGUGGGCGGCCCCCUGGGGAGCCCGGGGGUCCCUUCUGCCUGGAGGCUCCAGAUGGGUCCUACCGGGACUUGAGCUUCAAGGGGCGCUCGGGCGGGUCAGAAGGCCGCUGUCUUGCCUGCACUGGCAUGUCCAUGUCACUGGAUGGACAAUCGGUCAAGCGAAGUGCCUGGCAUACUAUGAUGGUCAGCCAGGGCCGGGAUGGAUACCCAGGGGCCGGGCCAGGCAAGGGGCUCCUGGGUCCGGAGACCAAGGCCAAAGCCAGGACUUAUCACUAUCUGCAGGUGCCGCAGGAUGACUGGGGGGGUUACCCCACUGGGGGCAAGGACGGAGAGAUCCCCUGCCGCAGGAUGCGGAGCGGCAGCUACAUCAAAGCCAUGGGGGAUGAGGAGAGCGGAGACUCAGAUGGCAGCCCCAAAACAUCUCCCAAGGCAGUCGCCCGGCGCUUCACCACCCGCCGCUCCUCCAGCGUGGACCAGGCCCGGAUCAACUGCUGUGUCCCACCCCGGAUCCACCCCCGGAGCUCCAUCCCUGGUUACAGUCGUUCCCUCACCACCGGACAGCUCAGCGAGGAGCUGAACCAGCAGCUGGAGGCCGUGUGCGGGUCCGUAUUUGGGGAGCUGGAGUCUCAGGCGGUGGACGCCCUGGACCUGCCCGGCUGUUUCCGCAUGCGGAGCCACAGCUACCUCCGGGCCAUCCAGGCCGGCUGCUCUCAAGAUGACGACUGCCUGCCCCUCCUUGCUGCCCCUGCCUCUGUCUCAGGGAGGCCCGGCUCCUCCUUCAACUUCAGAAAGGCCCCGCCCCCCAUCCCGACGGGAAGCCAGGCCCCGCCCCGCAUCUCCAUCACCGCCCAGAGCAGCACCGACUCCGCCCAUGAGAGCUUCACCGCGGCGGAGGGCCCCGCCCGGCGCUGCAGCUCCGCCGACGGGCUGGACGGCCCCGCCAUGGGCGCGCGCACCCUAGAGUUGGCGCCCAUGCCACCCCGGGCCAGCCCCAAGCCCCCCACACUCAUCAUCAAGACCAUUCCUGGCAGGGAGGAGCUGCGGAGCCUGGCGCGGCAGCGGAAGUGGCGGCCGUCCAUCGGGGUGCAGGUGGAGACUAUCUCAGACUCGGACACGGAGAAUAGGAGUCGAAGAGAGUUCCACUCCAUCGGUGUACAGGUGGAAGAAGACAAGAGGCGGGCGAGGUUCAAGCGCUCCAACAGUGUGACAGCCGGCGUGCAGGCCGACCUGGAGCUGGAGGGCCUAGCCGGCCUGGCCACUGUGGCCACAGAAGACAAGGCCCUGCAGUUCGGACGCUCCUUCCAGAGGCACGCCUCUGAGCCCCAGCCCGGGCCCCGGGCCCCCACCUACUCAGUCUUCCGCACGGUCCACACGCAGGGCCAGUGGGCCUACCGCGAGGGCUACCCACUGCCGUACGAGUCGCCGGCCACCGAUGGGUCGCCCGGCCCUGCCCCUGCCCCUACCCCCGGCCCCGGGUCCGGCCGCCGCGACUCCUGGAUGGAGCGCGGCUCACGUAGCCUCCCCGACUCAGGCCGCACGUCCCCCUGCCCACGGGAUGGCGAGUGGUUCAUCAAGAUGCUGAGGGCGGAGGUGGAGAAGCUGGAGCACUGGUGCCAGCAGAUGGAGCGCGAGGCGGAGGACUAUGAGCUGCCGGAGGAGAUCUUGGAGAAGAUCCGCAGUGCCGUGGGCAGCACACAACUGCUCCUGUCCCAGAAGGUUCAGCAGUUCUUCCGGCUGUGUCAGCAAAGCAUGGACCCCACAGCAUUCCCCGUGCCCACCUUCCAGGACCUGGCGGGUUUCUGGGACCUCCUGCAGCUCUCUAUCGAGGAUGUGACCCUCAAGUUCCUGGAGCUACAGCAACUCAAGGCCAACAGCUGGAAACUCCUGGAGCCUAAGGAGGAGAAGAAGGUCCCUCCGCCGAUACCAAAGAAGCCCUCGCGGGGCCGGGGCGUGCCGGUGAAGGAGCGCUCCCUGGACUCGGUGGACCGGCAGCGGCAGGAAGCGCGCAAGCGGCUCCUGGCGGCCAAGCGCGCCGCCUCCUUCCGCCACAGUUCGGCCACCGAGAGCGCCGACAGCAUCGAGAUCUACAUCCCCGAGGCCCAGACCAGGCUGUGACCCGCCCGGCCCGCCCAGCCCGGGCCCGGGCCCGCGGUUUUCUACCCGUACUGUACACCCAGCGUCGAGGUCACUGUGAACGCGGGCCGCCCCGUGCGCCCGCCCCGCCGGCACCGCACGCCCCGGCCCCUCCUGCCCGUCACGCUCUCGUGGGUUUUUUACCUUCCUGACCCCACGCGAAGGCGCCCGGGCUGGGCUGGGGGCCGUGCCUCUCCACCCUGCGCCCCCACCGGGACUCCCCUCCUUCCAGGUCCGACGCUUCGUCCCCACCUCCUCCCCACGGGCACCAUCUCUGCCAUUACUUCCCCCACGGGCCAGGCCGGGCCGGGUCCCCCAUCUGGGCUCUGCGUCCCCCCCACCCCGCGGGGCUGGGCUUCGUGGGGAAUCAAGCUUCGUGGCUUUUUAUGAAGAAUCCCGAACCCCGCCUAGGAGCCCGCCCCAUCCUCCCAGGGGCUCUACCCUCAGCCCUCUGCCCACCGGGCCCAGGGACCACAGUGGCUGGACCAACCCAGGACCAGGGCGCCUGGGCCUCUCCCCUUUCCCAGCUGCUGGGAAGGGGAGAUGGGGGCUUCCCCUCACCACACCUGUGGCUGUUCCCACAUCCCCUUGAGUAUCCCAGGAAAAAUAAAACGGCAGAACUGCACU